CCACUCCGGAAUAGAACAGCCAGCAUCACUCCAAGUUCUCUGCUCGAGCAGUGAAGACGUCCACUUAACUUGCUCCGGUUUGGAAAAAAUAAUAAGUUUUUAAAGUGUCGCCUAGUGUUUGACAGACUUUUUACGACUGGAAAUAAAAACUAUUCCGAGCCCAAACUCGAUAAAGAUCAAAUCGGAUCAGAAGUGCACCAUGGCCGGAGGAAGUCGGACACUCCAAUUAGUAUUCCUGGCUCUAAUUGCCAUCGCUCAAUGGCAGACAAUUGCGGCGGGACCCGUCUCAAACGAGGAGCUGCACGGUACCAUCAAGUCCCUGAUCUACUCCUACAACCAGCUGGACAAUAAGCUGGAGCGGCACGAGCACCGGGAAAGGGCUCUGGGAGAGCUCUUGAAGAAGGCGCUGCAGUCCCUCCAGAAGGGCCAAAAGAGCUUGGAGCCAAUCAAUGGAAUAUUUGCUCGUUUGGACGACAGGGUCAGCCAGAUAGAAACCAUGCUGAUAACGCAAGAGGAGAAAUAUAAUCUUCAGUCCGAUCGCUACAAUCAGGCCACGGAGCACAUGUUCAAGUGGAUGAGGGAGAACGACGAGUGCUUCAAGCGCCCACCGGUUAGCGGUAAUCUGCUGGCUCCGCCACCUCCUCCUGCUCCCCCUGCCAUUCCUGAAAAGUUCCUGCAAGAGCAACAGCGCUUGAACAAGCAGCUCUUGGAGGAGAUCCAGAAGCUAACAGCUAGCGUGGCGGCCUUGAAGGAGAGCAGCCAGAAGGCGGCGGACCAGACCCAGAAAGACAUCCAGAGCCUACCCAAGGGCAAGGAGCUGAUCGGACAGAUUGAAGCCAAACUGCAGGAGCACUCCGCCAGCGUGACCACCGUCGCUCCGCCCAAGAACAAUGAGUUUGAGGUUCAGAUCGUGGGCCUUCUUAGCUCCUUGGGCGGACAAGUUACCCAGUUAAGCGAAAACGUCCAGCGUCCUGCUCCUCCAGUUGGCCUCAACGAAAAGGAUCGCGCUUAUAUCCAGGAACUGAACAACGAAACUCUCAAUGCUUUGGCUCAGCUCAAGAGCGAGUCCUCGGCGGUGCAGAAAUCUGCAUUGACUGAGACCACGGAACGACUGCAGCAAACGGAGGCCAAUAUUCAGGCGGAUGUCCGCCAGCUCUCAGCGGAUGUUGGCAUCCUCAACAAGUACUUCGCCUCGGCCAACGAGAGCACCGCCAAGCUGCACCAGGGACUGGAGGCUCUGGACAAAUUCAAUAACAUAACGAUGACCAAUUCGGAGGUGGUCCUGGAGACCCAGCGGAAGGUUGAGUUCGGAACACUGAGCAUGGUGCAACGGGUGGGCAUAUUGCUGGGCGAGCAGGUGACUCAACUGGUGGCCCUGCUUAAGGAGCGCUUCUCAGCUCUCGACACAUCCGUGGUGAAGACCCAGCAGGAGGCUAGCAAGAACAUAACAGGACUGCUGGAUACAGAACUGGGCCAGGUUUGGCAUCGCAUCGAAAUCAUGGCCAAUGAGAUUAGCCAGAACAGGGAAAUUCUGGGUGUGAUCCAAGCCGGAUCGGAUGGCUAUAUCAACAGCACUCUGGCCACAAUGAUGGGACUGGGCAGCAAGGUGGAGGACACCAAGAAGCACAUGAUCGACAUGGACGGCAAUCUGAACUUCUUGCUGGGCAAACUGUCUCUCAUGUCCGGGGAGUUUGCAAAGAUCAAGAUCGGUCUGGCAGAUUCGCUUGAGAAUCUGCGCAACUCCUUCCAUGACCUUCACGAGCGGAUGCCGACGGGUCCCGGGCCCCACAAUAUCGACAAAAAUAAGUACGAGACCGAUGUUAAUUUGCUCUCCAAACGCCACGCCGAACAGGAGUAGAAAUGGUAGCCUAGGAUGGCCCUGAAAAAAAGAAAUUACAAUACUCCUAACAGUAGAACAUAAGUAUCCCACUUACUUACCUGUAAUCCUUAGCUUGCGUUCAAAGUGCCAUUACUCUCAACGCAUUUCUGCAAUAUUUAUACACAAUGAUCUUAGAACCCAGCCUUGAAUACACCCACUAUUUUAUGAACAAUA